AAAUCAGCGGCUGUGGUUUUUCUUCAUCCCAUCCCUUGGGAAGGGGAGAGAGAGAGAGAGAGAGAAGAGAAUGGCCUCCUCACUCUGUUUUCUCUCUUCUUUAUCUUCUUCUUCUCUACUCUACUCUGCAAAAUGCCUGAAACCUCGAACCCUCGUUCGGCCAACAAAGGCUUUCUCCGUAAAUGCCCUCAGCUCUCCCGACGACCAUUACAGUCCCUCCGCCUCCUCCCCUGCCCUCCAAAACUUCUGGCAGUGGCUUUGCGAGAAAGGGUUACUAUCGGACUCUUCUCCUGCAGUAAAACCGGGAGUAGUGGCGGAAGGGCUAGGUCUGGUAGCCCAGAGGGACAUAUCUCGGAACGAGGUGGUCGUCCAAGUUCCCAAGAAGCUCUGGAUAAAUCCCGACUCCGUUGCUGCUUCUGACAUUGGGAGAGUUUGCAGCGGGUUGAAGCCCUGGAUUUCUGUUGCCUUGUUCCUUCUACACAACAAGUCCCGGCUGGACUCCCAGUGGCGUCCCUACCUUGACAUCCUUCCCCACACCACUAAUUCUACCAUAUUCUGGUCAGAAGAGGAGCUUUCAGAGCUACAAGGAACCCAACUCUUGAGCACAACCUUGGGUGUUAAAGAUUAUGUACAAAGUGAGUUUGUCAAAGUUAAAGAAGAAGUAUUACUCCCACACAACCAUCUUUUCCCUUCUUCAAUAACGUUGGAUGACUUCCUCUGGGCAUUCGGCAUACUAAGAUCAAGGGCAUUUUCUCGCCUUCGUGGUGAAAAUCUUGUUCUGAUCCCUCUGGCAGACCUGAUUAACCAUAGUUCCAGCAUAACUUCAGAAGAGAUUGCUUGGGAGAUUAAAGGAACAGGUCUCUUCUCAAGGGAACUUGUCUUUUCUUUGCGGUCACCAGUUUCUGUCAAGGCUGGCGAGCAGGUCUUGAUACAGUAUGACCUGCAAAAGAGCAAUGCCGAGCUGGCACUCGAUUACGGGUUUAUUGAAUCAAGCUCAGAUCGGGAGGCAUAUACUCUGACACUAGAGAUCUCUGAAUCCGACCCUUUUUUUGAUGACAAGCUUGACAUUGCUGAAUCCAAUGGACUUGGAGAAACUGCAUAUUUUGACAUCGUUCUUGGACGCACUCUUCCACCAGCAAUGCUGCCAUUCCUGCGGUUGGUUGCUUUAGGGGGAACUGAUGCCUUCCUCUUAGAAUCCAUUUUCAGAAAUUCAGUCUGGGGUCACCUCGAAUUGCCUGUAAGCCGUGCGAAUGAGGAGCUUAUAUGCCAGGUUGUUAGAGAUGCCUGUAAAUCUGCACUUUCUGGCUAUUUCACGAGUGUUGAAGAGGAUGAAAAGCUGAUGGAAGCAGGGAACCUGGAUCCAAGACUUGAAAUAGCUGUUGGUAUAAGAGCAGGUGAGAAGAAGGUGUUGCAUCAGAUUGAUAAAAUUUUUGAAGAGAGGGAAAUGGAGUUGGAUGGGUUGGAAUAUUACCAAGAGAGGAGGCUCAAGGAUCUUGGACUGGUUGGAGAGCAAGGUGAAAUAAUAUUCUGGGAGUCCAAGUAGUUCUCUCUUUUGAUGCCCCCUUGCCUCCUUAAGUUGGAAGUAGAAGCGGUCUGCCGAUGAGAUUAGAAUGCAUACAAAGUUUUACAUAAUUUUGAUUUGCUGAAUGCUCUUGAAAUGAAAUUUCUUUUCUUCUGGGUGAUAUCCAUCAAGGCCCUGAAAAACCUCUUUAGCUGGUCAAAUCACAAUGCCCAAAUCAGGUGUAUCCAUCUCCAAAAUGGGCCUACUUGUAAUCAAAAUUGAGUUUGUAGCCCCUCUGCUUGAAAUGAAAUAAAUACACCUAAGUUGCAAGAGAAGGGCGAAAAUAUAAAAAAGAUGGCCUUGUAUAGACA